AAGGAAACAAACAUCCACCCAGAGAGAGCUGGAGCUCACCAGAGGCAGAAAGGAUCUGAGUGACGAGGCCGAGGCCGAGGAAGGGGGAACUUAACCCAUCCGAACCACCCUCGAAACGGACAAGCACGCCAAACAAAGGCGAGAAAAAGACGUCCAGCAGGAACUGACAAAUCGCCCAUUUUUUCCCACAAACGUUGGUUGGCCCCCGACGCCUGGCGAGACACUCAUCGAAUUUCAUCAGCAAUGGCCCAAGAGACAAACCAGAGUCCGGUGCCCAUGCUGUGUGCCACAGGCUGUGGUUUCUAUGGCAACCCAAGAACCAAUGGAAUGUGCUCUGUAUGCUACAAGGAACACCUGACAAGGCAACAGAGCAGCGACCGGAUGAGCCCCCUUAGCCCUAUGGGCUCAACUUCUAGUCCUACCUCAGAGGUGUCUGCAAUCCAGAGACUAGAAGCUAGUCUAGCCAAGGUUGAUGCCCACCCUGCCUCCUCGCCAGACAUGUCUAGGUCGGUAUCAAGUGAUUUACUCUUACUGGAUGCUGCUCUCCUGCUUUUGCCUCAUGUUCCCUUUUUCCCCCACACCUACAGAACUAUUCAAGGAUCUCUUCCUGUGACUCAACAAAUGACCGAGAUGAGCAUCUCGACAGAGGACAAGCCUGAAUCCCUAGAAGCUGUUGUAAACCAGCCUGGUGCCUCGAGCGCAACUCCCAUAGCUUCUUCGAGCAGCGACGAGAGCAAGGAUGACUCGUCCAAACCGAAGAAGAACAGGUGCUUCAUGUGCCGCAAGAGGGUGGGUCUUACAGGAUUUGACUGUCGCUGUGGAAACCUCUUCUGUGGUAUCCACCGGUACUCUGACAAGCACAACUGUCCCUAUGACUACAAAGCCGAGGCGGCCGCCAAGAUUCGUAAGGAGAACCCCAUGGUGGUGGCUGACAAGAUCCAGAGAAUAUAGGUCAUGGUGCAAGUGGCAAUGAUGAAGAUAACACUUUUUGGAAAAAGACUCAAGUGUUUCACCUUUGGAAUUGAACACUGGCAUCCGUGGCCAAGUGAGGAUGGCAAGGACUCAAUUUACAAAAUUAAAACCUCAACAAGACAUUAAAAGAGAAUCCUGUCUGAGGGAGAUGCAUGAAUGAUCACUUUGCUCUCCUUUUGAUUAAUCCAUGUUGUUAGUUUUAUCAUAUUUUUUGUGGUGUGACUUUUUCUUCCCAGGAAUACAUAUUGUCUUAGAAAGGGCAGCCCGGAGUAAACUGCGCUCCCCUCACCUUAACCUAGUGUGCCAAACUGUAGACCACCCUUCCUUCUCACUCCCUGUCAAGCAUUAGGAACCACAUUGAGAAUUGAGACCCUGCUGGAGGAGCUGUCCCCCAAAAUGUUGCACAAGAAGUUCUGUUAGUUUGUCCCUCGUCUUCCCCGGCUUGACCUACCUCACAGCUGCUCUGUUAGCCUUCUUUUCUCUCUAACUGCGUGUGCUCUUCCGCUGUGACCUUGGCAGAGAAGCAGGGCACCUCUCUUUCGCCUAAGUGACCCCUCAGAUCAGCAUUCUUAUAUUGACUGUUUGGUUUGAUUGUGAUGAGGCUCGGUCUUGUUUCGUUGUGGAGGUACAGUGCAGGGCAGGGACAAAUACACGUUCAUCUUUCCUGAAUUAAAACCUUAGCAGUGAGCAGGGUGAACGAGCUUGUACGUGAGUGACAGGCUGGAAGGAAGGGUGGAUGCCUCACAGAUAAAUCUUGGCUACAAGGAAUGGAAUUUAGGCAUGAAUUUUUCUUCGUCUACAGGAGCGUUUUUAGAAAAUAUGGCCACAAUCUAGUUGGUUUGCAGGCAUUUUUACUUGCUGAGACAAUUAUGUUUAUUUUUGCCCCCACCCAUGCAUCCUUCCACAUACUGAUAUUGUUCUGAUGUUGGCACAUGUAUGCAAUGCAUAUCUGCAGUUAGAAUAUGUGAACCAUGAUUUUGUCUUUGGUUUUUAUUCAUUUUAAGUGUGCUAACCGAACAUUCAUGUGAGCACAGCGUGCGUGCACGCAGAAACAAGGUUUAUCAGCACAUGUUUACAGAAAACUACAGGAGCAUGCCAGUGGUAGAUUUAAAUGAAAUAAAAUAUACUAGACUACCACAGUUAUUUGUAGCGCGUGAGUGUGUAUGCGAGCGUGUGUGUGCGUUAUUUUCAUGGUUGCCUGACUGUACGUACGAGUUGUUCAUGUUCCCAGUGUUUUUCAUUUAAGACAACUAAGUAUCCGUUUUGAUUUUUUUUCUCCCCGUUUCUGAUUCUUAGUUAUAUGCAAAUUUGUACAAAAAAAUGAAAAAACAACAAAACUGUUGAUAUUUAUGUAUUGCAUAUAAUCCUGCUCUCCAGCAUUACCACAGAAUAGUAUCUUGUAAAUAAAACUGUACAGAGAGACAUUAACAA